AUGAUAAAAAAACUUAAUUUAGCAAUAUCUGGUAUGAGUUGUAAAAGCUGUUCUGGUACAAUCGAAAGUACUUUACAAAAUCUUUCAGGAAUCAUAAAACCUAGUGUUCGCGUAAAUUUUUUAACUGGUAAUGCUUCGUUAAAAUUUGAUGCUAAUAAUUUAACCGUUGAUCGAAUCAAAGAUUCUAUAACUUCGAUUGGUUUUGGGGUUGAUUACGUUGAAGAAACCAACAUUGAUAAUAAUAGUUCAAAUAAUAAGAAACAAAUUGAAAUUGAAAUUGAUGAAAAAUCUAAAAAAACUGCUAAUACUGCCAAUAACAAUGACGCAACAGAAGAUUCCGCUAAUGUUAUAACAAAAUUUUUAAUUGGUGGUAUGGGUUGCGCUUCAUGUAUAGGCACCAUUGAGACAACUCUUUUACAAUUACAUGGUGUAGCACAAGUAAACAUUAACCUAUUAACAACCGAGGCUUCCAUAAAACACAAUCAAUCAAAAAUUGGUGUACGUGAUCUAAUGCGACAUAUUAGUGAUAUCGG